CAUUUCCCCAGUGCAGUCUCUCUCCUAGAAUAACAUGAAAGUAUAUGAUCCAGGGAGAUCCCAGGGUGAUGAUACAAUGUGCCGUCCCUGUGGUUUCAGGAUGAAUCCUGCACUGAGCAGCACAGCUUUUCUGCCGGAACUUUUGCUCUUGUCUCUGUUCCCACACGGUGGGAUGAACGGAGCGAACACAGUAGGGGAGUGAAAUCACAGGCGGACACUUCUAACCACCCGUUGUCAGGAAGGUAGAAGUUUACCUGUCUGUAUAUCGCUGCUAUGAGAGCAUCCUGGGGUGGAAUAGUAUAACGCCGGCAUGGAGGAGGCUCCGAAAGGGACGUUUGAAGAUGAGUUAAAUUGGUGUAUCAAUCAGCUGGAAACUGGACUUUUGCGCCGCAAUCCAACUCCUAGACAAGUUGCAGACACUCAACGGGUCCUGCGAGUCCUCCUCUCUCGGAAAGCUCCCUUUGUUAAGAAGAGGCAGGUGAUGAACCAAGUAUUUGGAAAUUACCGUCUUAAGAUGGCGGAGGAGAGACGGACGCAAGAACAAGCAGCCAAUAAUUCCUCAGAACCAAAGAUUCAACAAGUGGCUGCCCAGGAAACCCAAAGUGUCGUCUAUAGAAAGAGUUCUAAGGAUGUACAGAGUGGUGCUGGGCACUGGUUCACCCCUUCUAGUGGAGAUUUUACCUUUAACUUCUUCCCUGAUCAAGAACAGCAGGAUACAGAGGGUAUCCCUAAGGAUGGAACGGAAGAUCAUGCCAAGGAGACGAAUUGUACACAGACUAGCCAGCAGGAUGGUGACGUAUGUCUAGAUAGUGGAUCCCAGUUCACCUUCAGCUUCCAGAUCACAGAAGAGGCAUGUAGCACUUCAGAGAGCUCUGCGGUGGCGAGUGCUGAACAUGUGGCUCCGGGAGUUGUACAUGAAAGUUUGUCCCAGAACAGCUGUAACUUAGGCAAUGCAGCCAGUACCUCAGGGAUGACAGAUGAUCCGACUGAAAAGACCGAAGAUUUAGAAAAAAAUACUGCAGACUCCCCAAAGAAGAAGAAGAAAAAAAAGUCCAAGUCUAAGAACACGCUUGCUCAGGUGCAAAACAAAGUGGAGGAAGGUAGAAAAAACACCGGGCCAGUCCCACCACAGAAGGAAGAACCUAAGUCAGGAGCCGAUGAACUGCGGAGGGAGCUGGAUUGGUGUGUGGAGCAGCUUGAAAUAGGACUACAGCGUCAGAAGUCUACUCCCAAACAAGCGGAAGAAGCGCUACGUGCAAUAAAGACUCUGCGUAGUGAAAAAGUACCAUUAGUAAAGAAACGGCAAGUCAUGCGGGUAAUGUUCGGGGAUUACCGUCACAAGAUGGAAGAGGAGAGGAUCAAACAGCUGCGACUGAUGCAGGCCGCUGCUAAAUCGGCAAAGAUGACUGAAGUGACUCUGACAGCGAGACAGAACAGCAGCAAGGUUUACCGGAAGAGUAAUCACAGAUCCUCGAGGAACACCGCACCGAGUCCUGCUCCUGCCGAUGCUCAGCAAUCCUCCGAUAAGACAACAGAAGCGCCGUCUCCUAGUCAGCAAGAAUUCACCUUCAGACCUUCCCAGGAAGCCUUCUGCUUUAACUUCUUCUAAUAGGAAGAAUGACUCCACAUGCCCCCUCCCUCCCUUUUUUUUUUGUGGACUUCUUUGCCCUUGUAUUGCCUGGGGGGGGGGAUUAUUUGACUUUUCUUAGGCUGACGAUCACUGAACAGUAAGCCAAUGAAUGACAAAUUGGUAUUGUUGUUUAUUACAUGGUGUAUUAUAGAAAUGGUUCAGCUAAAAAAGAAAAUUUUUUGUUUUUUUACCAAAAUAAAAGUUUGAAAAUUGUUUAUUUUCCGGAUAUAUUAUCUAUUUAAGCUGAAUAAAAUGGUAAAAGGAUAAUUG